AUGUUAAAGGAACGACGUUUAAAACUGAGGUCCGGAAUUACAUACGCAAUUAAAUAUAGAUCGAAAUUAGACGUCCCUUUAAAUUACAAGAUCACUUUAUUAAGGGAGGAUAUAGAAAAUGGGCCUUAUCAUGUUUUUGGUUCUCAUGACAAGUGUGCUAAUUAUUUUUGUGAUGGACCUAAACCCGGGGAAAGAAAUAUAAUUUCCGAAAUGGAAAAUUGUGGACUUUGGCAAGAUAUUUUGGGAGCAAGAAAUUUAGUUGCACAUCAUUCUGAUAGUCUUAUUCAUUUUGUAAACAACAACUGCGUGGAAAGUUAUAAUAGCGUUGUUGCUAAAUUCAUCGGUGGUAAACGUGUUAAUUAUUCUUUUAGAGGCUCUUACCAAGCCCGUUGCGAUACGGCUGUCAAUGCGUUCAACCUCGGCCCUUCGUAUAUUAGCCAUUUCCAUAAGAAAGCUACUUUUCAUAGUCCAGGAUUGUUCACGAAAAAAUAUAUUAAGAGGAUACAAAAAAAGAAAAAUGAUAUUAAACGAAGAAAAUUAAAUCAACCUGGAUAUAAAAUUAAAAAGAAUAUAUUUCCACACGGACCUGACGAAGACUAUGGAGCAGUAGAACAGCCUUCUGAAAUAGUUGAUAUGCCAAUUGAAAAGUAUGGAAUUAAAAAAACCGAGUUUCUAAAAAAACUAAAACUCACACAUGAAGAAAUAAAAUUAUUGGAAAGAAGUACUAUUAAUCAAUCCCAAAGCGAUGAAUGGCGAAGGCAAAGAAAAAUGAGACUCACAGCUUCAAACUUUGGAAAAGUUGCCAAAUUGAGAUCAACCACUUCUCGCGAAAAUACAGUCAAAUUUAUUUUAUACGACUUAUUUCGUGGUAAUGCUGCAACAAAAUAUGGAAUUCAGAAUGAACCUUUGGCAAAAAAUAAUUUGGAGUCAAAGCUUGGGACAGCAAUAUUACCCUGUGGGCUUUUUGUUGAUAAUGAUUUGCCUUUUUUGGCUGCUAGUCCAGAUGGUUUGAUAAGUUAUGAUUCUAUUGUUGAAAUUAAAUGUCCAUCAUCCAUAAAAGAUUAUACGCCGGAAGAGGCCUUUCAUGAAAAAAAAUUAAAAUGUAUGACGUACAAUGAUGGAAAUUUACAGCUGAAAACAUCACAUGCAUACUUCUAUCAAAUUCAGGGACAACUACAUAUAACUAAUAGUAAGUUUUGUUAUUUUUGUAUAUGGACACCUAAAGGACUUAUAGUAGAGAAAAUUGAAAGGGAUGACAAGUUCUGGAUGGAUAUAGAACCAAAGUUGAAGAAGUUUUACAUGGAAUGCUUACUUCCGGAGAUAAUUGAUUCUCGACUUGACCGAGGACUUCCACUUAGAACAGGCUUAUAA